AUACCUCCUGCCCUCCGAACCCUAGACCCGCGUCUCCUCCCUCGCUCCGCCGCCGCCGCCACCGCGAGCACGCAGACGACGCAGCCAUGUCCGGGAGGAAGAAGACGCGGGAGCCCAAGGAGGAGAACGUGACGCUCGGCCCCACGGUCCGCGAGGGCGAGCUGGUCUUCGGCGUCGCGCGCAUCUUCGCAUCAUUCAACGACACCUUCAUCCAUGUGACGGAUCUGUCCGGGAGGGAGACGCUCGUCCGCAUCACCGGUGGCAUGAAGGUCAAAGCUGACCGUGAUGAGUCAUCCCCUUAUGCUGCUAUGCUUGCAGCUCAGGAUGUUGCACAGAGAUGCAAGGAGCUUGGAAUUACUGCUCUCCAUAUUAAGCUCCGUGCUACUGGUGGAAACAAGACAAAAACUCCAGGUCCUGGUGCUCAAUCUGCCCUUAGAGCUCUUGCACGUUCUGGCAUGAAGAUCGGGCGCAUUGAGGACGUUACUCCAGUCCCAACUGACAGCACUCGCAGAAAGGGUGGCAGAAGAGGAAGGAGGCUGUAAUUCUACGCAGUUCAAAGUGUCGGGGAAACACAAAGCUAUCUACCCUUGUCCUUGCAACUUGUUCUGUACUCUAUUUAUGAUGUUAGCAUCGGAUGUGGAUUUAUAAAUUGAGCUAUGCUGUGUUGGAUCUUUAGAGGACGGAUAACCUGCCCCUUUAUCGAGACAUUUGGUUGCUGUUAUCACCUGUGUUUAUCGUUAUUUUGUUGUGUU